AUGGUAAAAAACCCAAACAUUGCACCAUCAAUCCCACCAAGAUGUAGAGGGAGUGUCACAUUUGUGGCCAGCACCAAAAUAUCUCAUUCAUGGACCAAUAGGAGGUCAGGGAAUUAUCAACCUUGCCUUUGGAAUGAUGAUGAUCUGCAGUUGUUGAACAGCAAUUAUAAGGGAGAUGAGUAUACAAGACAAGUUGAAGAGCUGAAAGGAACAGUGAAGAAGAUGAUGAUAGGUGACCAACCAUUGGAACAGCUUGAGAUGAUUGACAACUUGCAGAGGCUUGGAGUAGCAUAUCUAGGGUUUUGCUCACACUUAUCAUAUCAUUUUGACGAUGAGAUUAAUAACAUUUUACUGAAUGUGUAUAAGAACAGCAACGAUCAAAUGAAAAAGGGUAAUUUAUAUGCGACUGCUUUGGAAUUUAGGCUCCUGAGACAACAUGGAUAUCAUUCUUCCUCAGGCGAGGUCAUGCUAUCUUUGUGUAAUGAUGUCAAGGCAAUGAUGAGCUUAUAUGUGGAAGGUGAUCAUGUGGAUCCUAUUCUUACCAUUCAAGUCAAGCAUGCCAUGGAGCUUCCAUUACACUGGAGAAUGCGGAGGCUUGAAGCAAGGUGGUACAUCGAUGUAUAUGAAAGACAAGCGGAUUUGAACCCCAUUGUAUUACAGCUAGCAAAGUUGGACUUCAACAUUUUACAAGCACUGCAUCAAGAAGAACUCAAAGAUCUGUCAAGGUGGUGGAAGAACACUGGUCUUGGGGAGAUACUGAGGUUUGCCAGGAAUAGAUUGGUGGAAUCCUUCUUAUGGACAGUAGGGAUAGAUUUCGAGCCUCGGUUCGGAAGCUGCCGGAAAACUCUUACAAAGGCCAUUGCUCUAAUCACGGUGAUAGAUGAUAUUUAUGACGUGUAUGGUACACUGGAUGAACUCGAGCUCUUUACCGAUGCCGUUGAGAGGUGGGAUAUUAAGGCAAUGAAACAACUUCCAGACUAUAUGAAGAUAUGCUUCCUUGCACUUUACAACACGGUUAACGAGAUGGCUUACAACAUUCUCAAGGAGCAAGGUCACGAUAUUGUGUCAAAUCUUAAAAAGACGUGGGUUGAUUUACUGAGAUCCUACUUGUUGGAGGCAAGAUGGUACCACAGUGGAUAUACACCAACUUUUGAAGAGUACAUGAAAAAUGCUUGGAUAUCGAUAACAGGCCCUUUAGUAGCAAUUAAAGCAAGUCUGUUUGUGACGAAUCAGACAAACCAGAAGGAAUUAGAAUUCCUUGAAAGCUACCCUGACUUGUUAUAUUGGUCAUCUGUGAUUUUUCGACUUCAAGAUGAUUUAGGAACUUCAUCGGACGAGUUAAAGAGAGGUGAUGUUGCGAAAUCUAUCCAAUGUUACAUGCAUGAAAAUGGAGUGUCUGAGGAAGUUGCCCAUGAACACGUAAAGAAUCUAAUGAGAGAGGCAUGGAAAAAGGUAAAUACGCACCGAGUUGCAGUGUCACUGUUAUCCCAGACUGCUAUUGGGAUCAUACUGAACCUGGUGAGGACUGCACAUUGUAUUUAUCAACAUGGAGAUGGACAUGGAUCUCACAACCACAAGACUAAAGAUCAUGCAAUGUCGUUACUUUUCGAUCACUUCCUGUUGUAGAAGAUGAAACUACCCUUUUCUCAAUGGGGAUGUUACAGCGAAGAUGAAUAUAGUGAGGGUUCUGAAAAGAACGCUAGAAAGCUUCAACAUGUUUAUUCUUUUGUAACAAAUAAUCUGCAAAAUACAAAUAAAGAUACAUUUUCCAUCUA